AUGGACCAGCCACUGGGGUUUGUUGAUCCACAAAAUGCCUCUUUAGUUUGUAAGCUCCACAAGGCUCUAUACGGUCUCAAACAAGAUCCUCGGGCUUGGUUCUCCACAUUUUCUUCAUUUCUUCUCUCCGAAGAGUUUAUUCAAAGCAAGUGUGAUUCUUCAUUAUUUAUCCGCAAAUCUUCAACCUCUGUUACUUACAUUUUGAUAUAUGUGGGCAACAUUCUUUUUACCGGCAAUAAUCAGUCUUAUAUUCAAACUUUGUUGGCUCAUAUGCACCUUGCUUUCUCUAUGAAAAAGUUAGGCAAUAUUUCCUACUUCCUUGGCAUUUCGGUUCAACCUAAUUCUCAUGGUUUCUUCCUCUCUCAGUAUACGUAUGCUACAGAACUCCUUGUCAAAGCAGGCAUGGUUGAUUGCAAACCCUAUGCCAUACCUAUAUCUGUCAAACUUCCAAACGAAGCUGCUGAUUCUCUGCCAUGCGCCCAACCUUUUCUUUAUCGUAGCAUUGAUGGGACCCUUCAAUAUCUUACAAUCACCAGACCCGAGUUGUCUUAUGUUGUGAAUCAAGCCUGUCAAUUCAUGCACUCUCCCACGGUGGGUCAUCUCUCCUUAGUUAAACUCAUUCUCAGAUAUGUGAAAGGCACAUUGGUCCAUGGUCUUCAUUUUACUUCUAGUCAUUUUGGUCUACAUGCAUAUAGUGAUUCCAAUUGGGCUGGGGAUCUGGCUGAUAAACGUUCUACUUCUAGCUAUUGUGUUUACUUGGGCAACAAUCUUAUUUCAUGGUCUUCCAAAAAGCAAUCGACAGUAUCUCGCUCUUCUACUGAAGCAGAAUAUCGCUCUUCAGUUCAUACUGCAGCAGAGUUAACUUGGCUUCAAAUGUUGCUUGUUGAUUUCUCUAUUCCUCACACCUCUCUUCCCGUCUUAUGGUGUGAUUACCUGUCCUCUAUAUCCUUGUCCACCAAUUCAGCGUUUCAUAGCAGAUCCAAACACAUCGAAGUCGAUUGCCAUUUUGUUCGCGACAAAGUUGUAGCCCACCAACUCAUUCUCAAGUAUGUUCACACAACAGACCAGUUGGCUGUCAUUUUCACCAAGCCCCUUUCCACUGCUCACUUCUCCUAUUUGACUCACAAGCUUAUGGUCUCCCAUUUGCCCAUGUGCUUGACAGGGGAUGAUAGAGAACGACCAUCUGCAGAUCAUAAUCUAGCAGAUCCAGUAGAUCACAAUGCAGUUCAUAAUCCAGCAGAUCACAAUGGAGUAGUUUAG